GGAAAAGGAACGGGAGUCCGUUAGGGACUGGCGGGAAUUGAGGAGGAUCCACAGGGGGCCGCCUUAGCAGAUAAUCACCCGUUACCGCGUCAGGUUACCGGGACGGCCGGUGGCACUAGGUAAAACUGAGAGCAAUGUUGAAGUUUAAAUUUGGCGGUCGUUGCCUUAUGGACAUUGGACCAGGUGAACCAAUCACCAAUCGGUGUUCCAGAAUGAAUUUAUUUUUCCAGGGAAAAACUUCAUUUCCAGGUCGAAUACAGCAGCAUUCUUGCUGCUUAUUGACUAGAGAAGGACUUCUUGAUGCAAUUUUCGUCCUCUUUAAUGAAUGUAAUAAUCCUGAACUGUUGAAGGUUAAACAUGUUGCCAACUUCGUGAAAAAGUACAGAGAUAUCUUGACUGAAAUGAGGGAGUUGCAACCCUGUGCCGAUGAUUUCGAAGUGCAAAGUGUGAUUGGUCGUGGUAUGUUUGCAGAAGUGCAGGUUGUACGUGAGAAAGCCACCAACGAUGUUUAUGCAAUGAAAGUGAUGAAUAAGCAAGCACUGAUCGGACAGGAUAACGUGGUGUUUUUUGAGGAGGAAUGCAGUAUCCUGUCACGCAGCACCAGUCCCUGGCUGCCAUUAUUACAAUAUAUAUUUCAGGACAAGGCCUAUAUCUAUCUGGUAAUGGAAUACCAACCAGGGGGGGACUUGUUGGCACUCCUGAAUCGUUACGAUGAUCAAUUUGAUGAGAGUAUGGCUCAAUUCUAUCUGGCCGAGUUAGUUCUGGCUAUUCAUAGUGUUCACCAAAUGGGCUAUGUUCAUCGAGAUAUCAAACCUGAGAAUAUCCUAAUUGAUCGAACAGGACAUAUUAAACUGGCAGAUUUUGGAUCAGCAGCCAAACUGACAGGAAAUAAAACGGUUAGCUCAAAGUUACCAGUUGGUACACCGGAUUUCAUGGCUCCUGAAGUACUGACUGUAACGAAUGGGGAUGGGUGUUCUUCAUAUGGUGUGGAAUGUGACUGGUGGUCUUUAGGUGUGAUUGCUUAUGAAAUGAUUUACGGGAGAUCGCCAUUUGUUGAGGGAACAUCAGCCAAAACCAUCAGCAACAUUAGAAACUUUCAGAGAACUCUGAAAUUUCCAGAAGAGCCUAAAACUAGUGAGGAAUUUUAUGACUUAUUGCAAAGUCUGCUAUGUGGAGCAAAGGAACGUUUGAACUAUGAGGGACUCAUCUGCCAUCCAUUUUUUACAAACAUCAAUUGGAACAAUAUCAGGAAUAUUCCACCCCCUUUUGUACCCACACUGGAAACUGAUGAUGAUGUGUCCAAUUUUGAUGAUCCGGAGAAAAUCUCGCGCCCGACGAUCAAGGCACGGCCGCUGAAUAAGUCAGGUUUCACAGGGGAGGAUUUGCCAUUUGUUGGAUUGUCCUUUACCAAGACAUUAGCUACACUCUCCUGCUCAGAGUCAGUGACGUCGCUGAUGGACUCACCAGCCAAGACUAACUCGCUGGAAAAAAAGCUGAUGUUAAAAAACAAAGAACUGCAGGAGACCCAGGAUACAUGUCAUAAGAUGGAUCAAGAAGUUACCCAUUUACAACGUAAACUUUCUGAGCUGGAAACAGCUCUUGAGCAAAAGGAUGUGGAACUUAAGGCAUCUGAAACCCAGAAGUCAAUCCUGGAACAAGAUUUAGCCACAUAUAUAACAGAGUGUAGUGAGUUCCAUGCUCAAAUGGAGGAAAUGGAGGUAACUGUACGACAGCUGGAGGAGGAUCUUGCUGCUGCCCGUCGACGGGCUGACCUCUAUGAGUCUGAACUCCGAGAUACUCGAAUUACAGCAGAUGAGUAUAGACGGAAAGCAGCUGAAUCCCAGCAGAAACUACAGAAGACUCGAGACCAGGGAAAAGCUGAAGUUGGGGAGGUGUACGCCAAAUUGGAAAAGAUGAAUGCAGAACAGCAGAAGAAAAUACAGGAAUUGCAGGAAAAACUUGCCAAGGCAGUGAAAGCAAGUUCUGAAGCUACAGAUCUUUUACAGAAUGUGCGUCAAGCUAAGGAACGUGCAGAAAGAGACCUUGAGAAACUACAGGGUCGUGAGAACUCCAGUGAAAGUAUCAGGAAGAAACUGGUGGAGUCUGAGGAACGCCGCAAGUCCCUGGAGAACCAAGUGAAGCGUCUUGAGAUGGUGGAGCGGAGAGAAAACAAGCUAAAGGAAGAUUUGCAGACAAAAUCUCAGCAAAUCCAACAAAUGGCUCAGAAAAUCCUGGAGUUAGAGGAGAGCUGGUGUGAGGCUCAGGCAACAGCUCAACGCAUGGAAACCAAUCUCCGACAGAAAGAGCAACUCUAUGAAGAUAAAAUGAAGGUUAUGGAAGCUCAGUUGAAGAUGGGCAUUGCUAAUAAGGAGUCCUUAGAAGAUUCUCGCCUCAGGCAUGAGGAGGACUCUCGUAAAAAGUGCAAACUGAUAGAUGAUCAGAAAGCGACGAUCAAUGCCAUGGAUUCGAAAAUAAAAUCUUUGGAGCAGAGAGUAGCAGAACUCUCAGAGGCAAACAAACUUGCAGCAAACAGCAGCAUCUUUACUCAAAGAAGCAUGAAGGCACAGGAGGAGAUGAUUGCAGAGCUCAGACAGCAGAAGUUUUAUUUGGAGGCUCAGGCAGGGAAGCUGGAUGCUCACAAUCAGAAACUGGAGGAACAAAUGGAUAAAAUCAACCAGGAUGAACAAAGCAGCAAGAACAAACUAUUAGAGCUCGAAACCAAGCUCAGGGAGGCCAGUUUGGAACAUGAGCAACAGAAAUUGGAACUAAAGAAGCAGGGGAAUGAAUUGCAAUUGGCUUUGCAGGAGAAGGAGGCUCAGAUUAGGAGUCUGCAAAGCACAAAAACUGCCCUGGAGAACCAGUUGCAAAUGGCCAAGGCAGAGUUGGAAGAGACCACUGCUGAGGCAGAGGAGGAGAUCCAAUCUCUGAGGGCACACCGUGAUGAAAUUCACAGCAAGUUUGAAAGCCUUCGAGAAAGUUGCACAGUUAUUUCAGAUCUGGAGGAACAGUUAAAUCAGUUGAGCCAGGAAAAUGCUGAGCUGAACAACCAGAACUACUACCUGACCAAGCAGCUGGAAGAGUUGUCUUGUGUUGGAGAUGAACGAGCUCAGCUCCGGCUGGAAAUGGGCAGGAUGCGUCAGGAGCUCUCUGACCAAGAGCUCCAACUCAGUAACCAAAAGCAGACAAUCGAAACAUUGAAGACAACCUGCUCAAUGCUAGAGGAGCAGGUGAUGGACCUGGAGACACUGAAUGAUGAGCUUCUUGAGAAAGAAAGGCAGUGGGAAACCUGGAAAGCUGAAUUUGAAGAAGAAAAAACACAACUUGAGCGGCGCAUCCAAGAAAUGAAGAGACUACUGGAUAUGGAAAAGCAGAGCAGAAUGCGAGCAGACCAACGUGGCAAUGAAUCCCGACAAGCUAUAGAAUUGGCUGUGAAAGAACAUAAGGCCGAGAUCCUAACCUUACAACAUUCUUUGAAAGAGCAGAAGUUGAAGGCAGAAAGUCUUUCUGAUACGCUGAGUGACCUGGAGAAAAAGCACACUAUGCUGGAGAUGAAUGCACGAGGCCUUCAGCAGAAAUUAGAAACUGAGCGAGAACUGAAACACAGACUGAUUGAGGAGCAAACUAAACUGCAGCAGCAGCUAGAUAUGCAUAAAACACAUAUCUUCCGCUUGACUCAAGGACUGCAGGAAGCCCUGGACCAGGCUGACCUAUUGAAGACUGAGCAGAGUGAUUUGGAAUACCAGAUUGCAAACAUGCAGAUGGUAUUCUCCCAUGAUAGAGUGAAGCUGGAAGGUACCAUCACACAACAGUCUAAAUUGAUUGAUUUCCUACAAUCAAAGAUGGAUCCACCAAUUAAAAAGAAAAAGAGUUUAUUUGGGCGCCGGCGUGAAGACCCUUCUCUGCCUGUCCAGAUUCCCAUGCAGUACAAUGACCUGAAAGUAGCCUUAGAUAAGGAGAGAUGUCGAAACAUGGAGCUAGAAGAUGCCUUGCAGAAAAUCCGUGUAGAGCUGAAAUGUGUGCGGGAGGAAGCUGCUCAUCUAAAAACAGUGGAUCAUCAGCCACAAUCUACACCAGCCACAGCCAGACACCAGAUCAUUAUGUCUGCUAUUGUACAUUCCCCAGAGCACCAACCAAAUCCCAUCACCCUGCUAGCUCCUCCCUCUGGCCACAGAAAGGAGUCCUCCACUUCUGAAGAGUUUGGUCGGCAGUUGAAGGAACGUAUGCACCACAAUAUUCCUCAUCGUUUCACAGUUGGCCUGAACAUGAGGGCCACAAAAUGUGCUGUUUGCUUGGACACUGUACAUUUUGGUCGUCAAGCAGCAAAAUGUGCAGAAUGUCAAGUGAUGUGCCAUCCUAAAUGCUCCUCUUGCCUGCCAGCAACAUGUGGGCUCCCCACAGAAUAUGCUACACAUUUCACAAAAGCAUUUUGCCGUGACAAAAUGAACUCCCCCGGUUUGCAACUAAAGGAUCCAGCAGCCAAUGUGCACCUGGAAGGCUGGAUGAAGGUUCCAAGGAAUGGAAAACGAGGGCAACAGGGUUGGGAGCGCAAAUAUAUUAUCCUGGAAGGAUCAAAAGUUCUCCUUUAUGAAAAUGAUACAAUAGAUGGGCAAAGACCAAUUGAUGAGUUUGAGCUAUGUCAGCCUGAUGGAGAUGUGACAGUUCAUGGAGCUGUUGGAGCCUCUGAGCUUGUAAACACUGCAAAAACAGAUGUGCCUUACAUAUUAAAGUUGGAGUCCCAGCCCCACACAACCUGCUGGCCUGGUCAGACACUCUACAUGCUGGCUCCAAGCUUCCCAGAUAAACAGCGUUGGGCCAAUGUAUUGGAGUCUGUUGUGGCUUGUGGGCGAAGAUCAUGUGAAAAAGCAGAGACAGCUGCUAAGCUAUUAGGAAACUCAUUGCUGAAAUUGGAGGGAGAUGACCGUUUGGACAUAAACUGCACUGUGCCACUCACUGAACAGAUUGUGCUGGUUGGUACAGAGGAAGGUCUAUAUUCAUUAAAUGUUGUGAAGAACUCCCUGGUUCACAUCCCUGGUGUGGGGUCAGUGUUCCAGCUUCAUAUCCUGAAGGAGCUUGAACGACUCGUCAUGAUUGCAGGAGAUGAGCGAACCCUCUGUCUGGUGGAUGUUAAGAAGGUGAAACAGUCGUUAGCUCAGUCUCACCUGCCAGGCCAACCUGAGCUUGUACCUACAGUCUUUGACAGCCUGAAAGGAUGCCAUCUGUUUGCAGCAGGGAAAACUGAGGCUGAACCAUGUAUCUGUGCAGCAAUGCCAAACAAAGUGUGCAUCUUACGUUAUAACGAUGGGCUUGACAGCUUCGCCAUUCGCAAAGAGAUCGAAACAUCUGAGCCUUGCAGCUGUAUCCAGUUCACUGGGUAUAGCAUCAUCAUUGGUACCAACAAGUUCUACGAGAUAGAGAUGAAGCACUAUACGCUGGAAGAAUUUCUGGAUAAGAAUGACAUGACCCUGGCCUCUGCUAUUUUUGCUGCAUCUUCACACAGUUUCCCAAUUGCCAUUGCUCAGGUGAAUACCAGUGGGCAAAAGGAGGAGUUUCUGCUCUGCUUCCAUGAAUUUGGUGUCAUCGUUGAUUCAUAUGGAAGGCGUAGUCGCACUGAUGACUUGAAGUGGAGGCGUUUGCCUUUAGCAUUUGCUUACAGAGAACCUUACCUGUUUAUAACUCAUUUCAACUCGGUAGAGGUUAUGGAGAUUCAAGGUCGCAAUUCAGUCAGUGCUCCAAGUCGUGCUCAUUUGGACAUCCCGAAUCCCAGAUAUCUCGGCCCUGCAAUUACACCUGGAGGCAUUUACAUGGCCUCAUCCUAUCAAAAUAAACAGCGAAUUAUCUGUUGUAAAGGAAACUUAGUGAAAGAAUCAAGCAGUGACCAGCAGGUUGCGAUCAACAGCCGCAGGUCUCCUUCCCACAACAUGGACCCUGUUUCACCAACAGCAAACAUGACAAUCCUUUCUCCCUCUGUGACCAGUAGCAGCCCUAACAAGCGCGGCCUUCCCUCCUACAAUGAGCACAUGUCAAAGAAAUUGGCACCUGGCCCAAGAGAAAAUUCACCUCAGGAUUUGAACAGAUCUGUCAGGUACAGAGAAGGUAGACAAGAGGUGAGAAGAGAGAAAUCACCACGCAGGGGCUUGGAGAGGGAGAAAUCUCCAGGCAGACCUUUGGACCCCAGUAGGGAGAGGUCACCAGGAAGGAUGUUGGAUGAUAACAGAGGUAUCCGUGUACCUACAGGAUCGUCGAGGGCCCCAGUUACCAAGACCUGGGACCAGUCUGCUGUGUGAGUCCAGUGCUAUGUUACAGAUGAAGAGGCGUGUACUGAGCAUGUGAAUUCCACUCUUUCAGCUGUUGGAAGAAUAACUAUGGAGAUCCACAGGACAAACUAAAACUACGCACGUUUGUUCGCUUUAGUCACUAAAUGUGGGAGGGUGGGUGGGGGAGCAAUGUAAAUAUUAAACUGCUGCUCGCAAGCUACCUUAUGACUGGCUAUCAGGAGUAUGGAUGGUAACUGUUUCUAUAUGGAAGCUGAUUCAUUUAUUUGAGGGUGAAGGACAUGAAUUAUUAAAUGCACAAAACGAGAGAGAAUUCCCUAUGUCUUGUGAUACUCAUUUGACAGCAGAAUCUUCUAAUCCUCUCCAGUGAAGGUCUAGCUGGACUUUUUGGGUAUUGAUGGAAGAUCGGGAUGCUGUUUUGACUCAACAAUGCAGAUUAACUGUACACAGUUCAUUACUUGAAUUUUAUACAAUGGUCAUGAAGGGAUCUGAACAUGAGAUCGCAGCAGGACUGAAUAUAUAUUUUGUAAUAACCUAUAGCUUUUUGCUAUUUAAUCUUUUUCUCUGUCCUGCACUGCUGCUUUGUCCUGGAUGUACAGACGUUCACUCAAAUACAAUUUACCGCAGAUUUUUGUACUAUGUUUCACUGAUCUGUAUUGAAAAUUUCCCAGUUCUGAAGUGCGUUCCUAAUUUUGUGAUAUGACUGUUUUCUUCCUCUUUGUACCCUGUCACUUGCGAAUAUGCAAUGCGUGAGAUGAGAGGUUGAGUCACAUUUCUGGUGACUCAUUUUCCAUAAAAGUGCUUAAUUAAAUUCUACACUAA